AUGAAGAUUGAGGUGAUGAAGGUUGACAAUCAAACUCAUGAUGGUAAGGGUUUCGGUUUUGUAUGUAGUGAGGUGAUGAUGUAUAGAAUUGGUGACUAUAAGGCAUUGAAUAAUCUGGCUUCUUCUGAAAAAGUUUGUCAUUGUCUCUUCUCGUCGCUGUUAGUUCAGAUAGGCCUCUUCCUCCUUCUCGUCCCUAGUGCUAACCCUUCCAUUGAGCUUAAGGCUUCGCUUCAUAUUGUUCCAGAAGUUGAACGAUUGAUUGGGGCUGAAAAUGCAAACCUAGUCUUACGAACCAGUGAUCAGGAUGAUGAAAGGAAGGUGGAGUCUGAAAUUUUCUGUCUGCAUGGUGGACUUUCACCUUCAAUUGAGACCCUUGAUAACAUAAGGAGCUUUGAUCGUGUUCAAGAGGUUCCUCAUGAAGGGGUAAUAUGUGAUCUUUUGUGGUCUGAUCCAGAUGACAGAUGUGGCUGGGGAAUUUCGCCACGGGGUGCUGGAUAUACUUUUGGCCAGGAUAUGUCUGAACAAUUUAAUCACACAAACAGUCUGAAGCUGAUUGCUAGAGCUCAUCUGGCUAUUCAGAAUCCUGCCAAUGGAUAUGUACAGGGGAUACAUGAUCUUGUUACACCAUUAAUUUCUAGUCAUUUUCCUAUCAGAACACUUACAAGGGGUAUCGAUAAUUAG